GACCAAUCACAGCUGGCCAAACGCGGAUGCGGAAGUGUCUAAAACAGCAGCGACAUCCCGGAUUGUUCCUGACGCGUGUUUUUGCACUUUGAGCCGCUGUCAGCUCGUCGACACUCGGACCCGAAGUCCAGCCGCCAGAAGAACUACAGAGAGCAGCCUCAGGAGAGCCCGGAGCCAUGUCGUCCAGCGGAGAAGCCGUGUUCCGGGCCGUGCAGACGCCGCUGCUCUGCCUCGGAGCUCUGACCGCGGCCUGGCUGUCUGUGUGCUCCGUGUGCAGGCUGCUGUCCGGGAUCAGGGUGUGGGUGCUGGGCAACGGGCGGCUGGUGUCCCCCACCAGGCUGGGCCAGUGGGCAGUUGUGACGGGAGCCACAGAUGGGAUCGGCAAAGCGUAUGCAGAGGAGCUCGCCCGCCGAGGCUUUUCCAUCGUGCUGAUCAGCCGCUCUCAGGAGAAGCUGGAUGACGUGUCCAAGUCGAUCGUCAGUAAAUGUGGCGUCGAGACCAAGACAAUCGCGGCAGACUUCAGCGCCGGUGAUAUCUACUCCAAGAUAGAAGAUGGACUCGCAGGACUGGAGAUCGGAGUGUUGGUCAACAAUGUUGGAAUAUCCUAUUCUUACCCUGAAUUCUUCCUCAGCGUUCCCAAUCUGGACACGUUCAUCGACACCAUGGUCAACGUCAACAUAACGUCAGUGUGCCAGAUGACACGUCUUGUUUUACCUCGAAUGGUGGAGAGGAAGAAGGGGGCCAUCCUGAACAUCUCCUCAGCCAGUGGGAUGUACCCCGUUCCCCUCCUCACCGUCUAUUCUGCCUCCAAGGCAUUUGUGGACUUUUUUUCUCGAGGGCUGCAAGCUGAAUACAAGAGCAAAGGGAUCAUCAUCCAGAGCGUUUUGCCGUUUUUUGUUGCCACAAAGCUGAGUAAAAUCCGACGAGCCACUCUGGACAAGCCCACUCCAGAGCGCUACGUAGCCGCCGAGCUAAACACCGUGGGGCUGCAGACUCAGACCAACGGCUAUCUGCCUCAUGCUAUAAUGGGUUGGGUGACUACAGCGCUGCUCCCAGCCAAGAUCCUCAGCAGCUACGUGAUGGGGAUGGGUCUGUCCCAGCGCGCUCGCUACCUCAAGAAGCAGAAGCAGGGUUAGACGGCUCGACGUGACACUUUCUGGGCUUAUCGUCUCCCUUUCACCCCCUCCCUAGAUGAUGUGAGGCAGCAUCUGGAAACAUUGCAUGUAUUCAAACCCAAAACAGUUAAUAUUGGACCAAAUGAGGCUUCUUAUUUAGUAAACAGCUUUAAAAAAAAAAAAACUGAAAAAAUGGGAAAUAUGGAAAGUAACUCCCAAAACUAACCAUCUGUCUGCAAAUCAAAAUUUAAGCCUGCAGGAGACGGGGAGAGGAUUUGGACAUGUGUUGAGCCUCCUGUGUGGAUGAGCUUAAAGCUGUUUAAUGAAACACUGGAGGUGCUACUUACUGUUUCUGGAAGCACUUAAACAAUGAAAUAUCAAGAUUCAUGAGGCAGAAGUGGGAUUUUGUCAAUGGUUGCUAUUGAGAUAUUAAUAUCUGACUUGGUUUUUUUUCCUAAACACUUACCUGUCUUUCUUCAAAAUCAUUCAAGAGCUCUUUUUUUUUUUUGUCUUUUUUUCUUUUUCUAAUUGCGGAGCUACUGCUUUCUCAUCAGUAGUCAUGUGUUGAUUAAGGGACCGCUUACCCAAACUACAUUUCUUUUUUUGUUGUUGUUUGCAGAUGAAUAACCAGCACAGAGGGAGAAGUUGUGGUAGAAUAUUAAAAUGUGUCUUUUGUUUACAUGCUAAAAGUGAUUUCUUACAAAUCAGCUUGACGGUGUUUCCUUCAUGAAUUUUUUUCACUUCUGCUUUUUUUGGAUUUACUAACUGUUAAACCAAAUGUAAAGAUGAGACAAAACUAGACAAAUGUGAAAUCUCUGAUCUCAUUUUCUGUGACGCUCUUCCUGAAAAAUGACAUUUUUUUGGACUUUGUGUGUGUCAGAAAUCAGCUUUAAGUUUUCAUAUGUUGGAGAAGUUUGUAGUUGACGUUUGACUAAAGUGUAGCGUCGAGGGAUUGGCUUAGGUUCUAAACUUCGAGCUCCUCUCAGGGGCAGUUUGUUGUUGGCGUGUCAUUCUGUUGUACCGACUCUAGGAAGUUUCAUUGCACUCGUCCUUCUGGCCGUCAUUAAAUGUGCUUUUCAAAUAACGUGA